GUAACACGAAUCUAUUGUUUUCCACACUGCCGUCGAAGUAAAGAGGGAACAAUCUCAUCCCUCAGGACGCGGUCCACCGAUCUUCCGCAUCGAUUCAGCAAAUUCCGAGCAAAACCCAGUUCGGAAUUACUCCUUAUCCGCCGUAAAGUCGAGUUUUUGGCGGGAACCCAGAUCGGAGGAUCUCGGAAAAUGGCGAACCACGCGGCGGCGCUGAAGGUGGGACUGGCCUUGCUGGGGCUGGGCAUGGCGGGUUACAUACUUGGUCCGCCGCUCUACUGGCACCUGACGGAGGCUUUGGCCGCCGUCAGCCGCCGAUCUUCCGUCGUCUCCGUCUCCUCUUGCCCUCCCUGCGUCUGCGACUGCUCUUCCCAGCCUCUCACGAUCCCUCAAGGACUGAGCAAUGCUUCCUUUGCCGACUGUGCGAAGCGGGACCCUGAGGUGAACGAGGACACAGAGAAGAACGCUGCCGAGCUGCUAACUGAGGAACUGAAGCUUCGCGAGGCAGAAUCAAUGGAAAAGCAGCGGCGAGCGGACAUGGCUUUGCUGGAGGCCAAGAAGAUAAUGUCGUCAUACCAAAAGGAAGCUGAUAAGUGCAACUCCGGGAUGGAAACCUGCGAAGAAGCACGAGAAAAAGCAGGACAAGCCCUCGUGGAGCAGAAGAAGUUAACGGCGAUUUGGGAGAUGAGAGCUCUUAAAAGAGGAUGGAAAGAAGACACUAAAUCAAACGUCAAGACUAAGAGCAGUAGUGUCCAAGUUGCUUAGGAUGCUCUCUCAAAAGUUCUGAACACAAACAAGAAGAUGAUUCAAGGGUGUGAGGCCUUAGUUUCAGAUAAAAAGGUGUAAUUGUGAAUUUAUGAUUUACUGUAAUGCCUUCUUUAGUUGUCUCAUACGGUAUAGAAUGGACUGUUGUAACAAUACAACAAAUGUUUGCUAAAAACAUAUAAUUUCUAAACCAAA